AUGCAUUAUGACGUCGCCGUCGAUUUCGUCCAUACUGGGUGCUUCCCCGACCAGCUGAAUCUUGGUUCAAGAUUAAUUUCAACUGCAGAAUUAUAUGAGAGAGCAUUUUUUUUAUCGUCAAUUGAAAAUGAACGAAAUACAUUCGAUCGCCUCUUAGUAAUCUUACGUCCUUUUCUUCAAAGGGAAGAUACAAAAAAGAAACUGUAUCAAACCAGAAAGUUCUUUCAAUUGGAAUUUAUCGCCUAUCGCACGGAGAAUCAUUUGAAAGCGCCGGUGUUGCUAUGAAUGUUGGAAAAACAAAAGAAAUUGAAGCAUUCAUGGACGUCGUGGAUGGGCUGUGUGAACUAAGGAACGACUACAUUAAGUUUCCCACCACAGUGGCAGAAACAACAGCAGCAUCUAUAACGUUCACGCCCCUUUCCAACCUUCCGAAUAUAGCUGGUGCAAUUGACGGAACCCACAUCAAAAUCAAAGAACCAAAAGAUAGUGCAGUCGAUCAUUUUAGCCGUUACCAACAUGAUGUUGUCGUGCAGGCUGUUGUCAACGGAAAAAGGGCUUUCAUGGAUGUUGCAGCUGGGUUUCCGGGAGCAUGUAUGAUGCUUGAGCUCUUAGAAAUAGCAGAGAGAAAGCAGAGCAUGGAGACAUUCUUGAUGCAGGACCAACUACUAGAGUCGAUGGAAGCGAAAUACAACCUUAUUUAGUGGGCGAUAGCGCCUAUCCUCUUUCUCCGUGGCUUCAGAAACCCAUUCCUGAAGGUACCAGAGAUCCGGAUGAGAUUCGGUUUAACCAGGAGCUAUCACCAGAGCGAGUGCAAGUCGAGUGUGCAUUCGGAAUUUUGAAAAGUAGAUGGAGAAUCCUUAUGUGUAUGGAAGAGUGCAGAGCUCAGCUAAUUUCGAACAUCAUUUUGGUGUGUGCAGUUCUACAUAGCUGUUGUAUAUUAUUUGGAGAUGAGUGGGAGGAAGAGGAUGAAAACAAUGAUCAUGAUCAAAGAGAUAACGAUGAAAUUCCUUUAGAUGGGGACAACAUCAGAGAGAUUCUUGAGGCCUACUUGAGUUCCAUUUCAUAUGGUAUCUAA